AUGCAGAUAUUCGUCAAGACGCUGACGGGGAAGACGAUCACGCUAGAGGUCGAGAGCAGCGACACUGUUGACAAAGUCAAGGCCAAGAUCCAGGACAAGGAAGGUAUCCCUCCGGACCAGCAGCGCCUCAUCUUCGCGGGGAAGCAGCUGGAGAACGGCCGCACUCUUGCUGACUACAACAUCCAGAAGGAUUCCACGCUUCAUUUGGUGCUCCGCCUACGUGGUGGCGGGGGUGCUGGCGGGGGGAAAUGCUACCCUUGUAACAUCGCGCCCAGUCUCAUGAAGCUAGCACUCAAGCAGAAACUGGAAAAGAUGAUCUGCCGCAAGUGCUAUGCACGCCUUCCCUUGAGGUCUACAAACUGCCGCAAGAAGAAGUGCGGUCACAAUAACGAUCUUAGGCGAAAGAGUACGUUUCACCGGCACUUAACCAUUGUAAAGUGA